AUUUGCAGAAAAAAUAGGUAUUAUAAAGAGGAGGGGUGGGGAGUUUCGAGGAAACUAGGCACAUAAGUAGUGGAAUGUUUUUGGGAUUAGGGAAUGCUCAAUGGAUGAUAUAUCAUGAAAAUCGAACAUUUUGAUGUUCUACUCAGCAAGCAAUCCGAGAAGCCCUACACCGGUGGUGAGGCCGUUCAGGGGCAUGUGGAAAUAAGUGUUCUGGAAAAAGUUAAAGUGGGGCGAUUGAUUGUAAAAUUGAUUGGGCAAGCACAGACUGGCUGGAAAAAUAAGAAUAGCGAGGUUUUGUAUGAAAGUAACGAGCAAGUGCUCAAUGAGUAUAUCGAUUUGACAAGAGUGCUUACUGAUUUUUGCGAUGAAAAUUUUAAUUUGGAAGAAGGCCUUCAUCAAAUACGCUUUCAUAUUCCAUUGCCACUGGAUGUGAUAUCAUCGAUCGAAAAGGAAAAUUACGGUUGGGUUCGUUAUACCUGUUCAGCAACUCUGGAUGUGCUUGAUGAGGAUGCUAGGGAGAUUUUUGCUGAGCAUAACUUUACUGUGUUCUCUUUGCUCAAUCUUGAUGCACCAUACAUGCGACAACCUGUCACGGGUCGAGAAGAAAAUGAAGUACGCGGAUGUUGCUGCAAUCGUAAAGUCGGCAUUGAAUCUGCUCAAUUAACAAUUUCCGACAUGGGGCUUCUACCCGGUGAAACAGCGAAAAUUACAUUGGUAAUUGAGAAUGGUGCUAAAAGGAAGCGAAGGAAAUCGCGGAAAAAUCGAAAUGAUUGUGUGCUGCUCUCAUUGUGUCAACAGCUUGAUUUUUUAUCGCAGAAUCGUUAUGAGCUACACUUGUUUGAUAGAAAAUCAUUGACAAUUGCUGUUGAAUCCAUGGGGACAUGUAAAAUUGCAUCAGGUGCAGGUCCAGAAACGAGGCAUAUUGAUUUCCAGAUACCCACUGGUUUACAACCAACUUCAAUCAAAGCUAAUGGCCUUAUUACAAUUAGUUAUUUCUUCCGUCUAGAUAUGCACAGUUUUGAUGUUAUCGUACCAGUAAUUAUUGGAUCGAUGAAAACACCUGGCCCAAUUGACGAAUGAUGAGCCAUAGUCAUGGAAAUCCGGGAAUCGCCGCAAAAGUUCGAUACUAUUCGUCAGGGUGAUUAGAUGAGGACAACAGCAGCUCGUUUUUCCUAACCAUUUAUGGGAAUAUUUAUGUCUAUUGAUGCUAAAUUCCUUAAAUUUGAAUAUAUUAUGCAUCACUUAACAAUACUAAGCUUAUACGGUCUAGACUGGUUGCAGUGAAUUAUUUCAUUCCAUAGCUCAAUACUUUGUAAUAAACACGAAACAGACGAUUAUUGAUGAACCGAACCAAGUACAAAUACCGAGAUUAAGGGAAGCUCAGGAAAUAAAAUUAGAGUGCAAAGAGAAUUCGAGUUAACGAAAGUUUGUUUGAAUUAGAUGGGAAUGAGCAAAAG